AUGGCGAGUGAAGAAUUUCAUGGGUCCGGCUUUGUUCACUCAUCGGCGCCUCCGUCCACCCUGCCCCAGUAUCCAGAGAUGAUUAUGGCAGCAAUUAAAGCUCUAAACGAUAAGAACGGGUCAAACAAGUCAUUAAUCUCGAAGCACAUCGAGGCCACCUAUGGGGAUCUGCCGGCGGCGCACUCUACUCUGCUAACCCACCACCUCAACCGGAUGAGAUCGACUGGCCAGCUGCUCUUCGUUAAAAACAACUACGCCAUACCCGACUCAAGUGCACCACCACGACGCGGCCGGGGUCGCCCCCCUAAGCCCAAAACGCCUCUGCCGCCGGGGACAGUACCCCAGCAGCCACGUCCGCGUGGCAGGCCUCCCAAAUCCGCUGGGGACCCGAUGGCUCCGCCACUGCCGCCCAAGCCCAAGGCGACGAGCACGGCGGGUACACUCUCAGGGAAGAAACGCGGCCGGCCGCCGAAAGCUUCCGCAGGGAAUGAGGCUACGCAGUCUCAGACCACUAAGGGUGUGCCUCGCGGGCGAGGUAGGCCGCCUAAAGUGAAGCCAGUUGCUACUGCGCCGGUUGGGGCUUGA